GUUUACAGUAGAUAUAUAGUGUCUGUGAAGACACGUUGAUUCAGGAAAUAUGUCAAAAAUCAGUGUGGAAUUGCCCGACGGAAAGACAUAUAAAUACAUAUAUGAAUCUGGAUUACUUUAUGAUGAGUUGAUUUUGAAUUUAGUGCCUGAUAAAGACCUAAAAACGCAAAUUGAAAAUAUACUUAACCUUGAUAUUCGAGAAAAUGAUGUUUAUCUGGCGACCUUUCCGAAAAACGGAACACACUGGGUAUGGGAAAUUUUGGGUAUGUUGAAAAAUGGGAGAUCGACGUACGAUACGAAAACAAAACAAUCAGCAACAUUGGACUUUCAGUCACCAGAACUUAUCGGAAAUAUUACAUCACCAAGGAUCCUGAACUGCCAUUACCCGUGCAAACUUACACCGAAGGGAGUAUUCAAUAAAGGAGUGAAAAUAGUUCAUGUUAUGCGAAACCCAAAAGAUGUAAUUGUAUCUUGCUAUUAUCACAUGAAGAUAAUGGCUGGUGAACUCUUUCAAUUAAGUUUCCAAGAGUUCCUUCCCUUGAUGAUUGGUGACUAUGGCACAUAUUUUUUCUACCCAUGGUUCAAAUACGUGAAAGAAUGGGAGAGAUUUUCAAAGAAACAUCCAGACCAAAUACUUAACAUAUACUAUGAAGACUUAAAGGAGAAUUCCGUCCGGGAAAUAAAGAAAAUGGACACAUUUCUUGGAACGGGACAAACUGGUGAUGUUAUCAAAGAGAUAGCUGAAGCAUGUAGAUUUAAAAACAUGAAAAAAGCUGAUGCAGAAGUGAAGUUGCCCGAGGAGUUCAUGAUUAAAGCAGGAAGACCAUGUUUGUAUAGAUUAGGUGAAGUAGGUGACUGGAAAAAUCACUUCACCCUUGAACAAAAUGAGCAAGUGGAUAAAUGGAUUGAGGAGAAUUUGAUUGAAACAGAACUUUCGUUUAAAUACACACUUUGAAUACAAAGAAAGGAUAUAUAAAUAUUUAAGAGAUGUACAUAAAACAAUGAUACUUUAGCUUUUAAAAACACUGUGUAUUUUUCUUACGCGCCUUACAAGGACUUACAGAUAUCGAUACAAAAAGAGAAAUAAAAUAUAGCAAUUAUUGGAAAUGUAAAAUUUCUCUUUAAGAAAUAACUAAUCUAAAAGCUAUAACCUAAUCUAAAAGCUAUAAUAACAAUUCGUUUUUUACAAGCAUUGACUUCUCUAUACAUCAUAUAAAUGUAUAUAAAUAUAUAAAGACCAAUGUAACAACAUUACCAGUGCAUUGGGGGGGGGGGGGGGGGAGCAAAAAUAAUGAAUUCUAUACUUGAUCAUUUAGGACUUAAUGAUAUAAGAUUGUUUUAUGAUACCAAUUAAAAUUGUUUUCAUUUAAAGGAGUAAUUUAUACAAGAUUUGUAGAACGAUUUUUGGCAUGCAGUUAAUGAUUUUUGGCACUGCCAAAAUUGGAAAGCAAUUUUUGAACCAAUAUGAGAAAAAUAGAAAUACGACUUAGCUCUCACGAUAUUAGCUUGACUUUUUUUUUACUUCUAUAUAUAUGCGUUUAUGUAAAAAUGUGUGUAUAUAUAUAGGAUAUGGAAAGGAUUCAUACUUUGACAAAACUAAUUUGACAAGACAGACCGAUUAAAUUUAUAAAAAGGAAACGUUAA